AGCACAGUAUGGCAACAGAAAACACCACACCUCUCUCUCUCCUCAAAAUAAUUCUCUCUGUUGUGUUGCUGUUGCUCCUCCAACACACAAUCAAGGUCUCCUCUGUUCUCCGCAUCCUUCCCGGCGCUGUAUCCCAAGGCGCCGUUUGCCUUGACGGCAGCCCUGCCGCCUAUGAUUGGGAUGCCGCAUGCAUCCUUUGAAUUUCUCCCAGUAUCAUGUUCUUUCCCCUCACUCCAGUGACACAUAUUUUUACAACUGGAACCGUGUGGUGGUGAGGUCUUGUGACGGCGGAUCAUUCUCCGGCGACGCCGACAAGCCCGAUCCUGUCACGGGCCUUCACUACAGGGGCGCGAGGGUUUUCCGCGCUGUCGUGGAGGAGUUAAUGGCGAGGGGGUUGAAAAAUGCCCGUAAUGUCCUCCUCGCUGGGGGUUCGUCGGGCGGGCUCGGGGUCAUGGUGCACUGUGACCGCUUCCAGCGCCUCUUCUCGGGGAACACGAGGGUUAAGUGCUACGCCGACAGCUCCCUCUUCCUUCGCGUCAAAGACCCCCGCCGCGCGAAGUUUUUCAACGACGUCCUUGGCAACGUUGUGGGUGUGCACCAUCCGGACAACGCGUUGCCCGGACGGUGCACUUCGAGGCUAGGCGCGACGGCGUGUUUCUUCCCGCGGAACCUGGUGCGGUAUAUCGAAUCGCCGUUCUUCAUUUUGAACUCGGCGUUCGACUCGUUCCAGGUGAGGAACACGUUUUCGGAGGCCUUGCACGACAAUGUCAUACACCACAACGUUAGUCGGAGCGACAUGGCACUCCUCCGAGACUUCCGGGGCCAAACAAUCGGAGCCCUGCCACCGCCAAGCAGCACAAAGGGGUACCUAAUAACAUCCCUCUUCAUGCACAGUCUCGGUACGGUGCAAGGCUUCAAAGGGCCAAUGUUUCCGGGGCAAAAGUCAAAGUCUUUUGAGAGUGUGUUGGUCGAUUGGUUUUUCGAUCGAACGACCAAUGUCCAUCUCAUCGACCCCGCGAAACAACCCUUUUAUUGAACGCCCCGAGGAGUUGAGGAGAUGACAUCAACAUAAAUAAAUGAGUUUAAUUAGUUGAUGUGAAUAAUGUGUCAUUAGCAAUGUGUCGUUAACUACUACUUAAUGAAUAUUAUUGAGCUCCUGUGUUCUUAAUUAGUCUCCUCUUUCCUCAAUUAUUGAGUUAGGGGCUGUUUGUUCCAGCCUCUUAAUGGUUCAGAUGUCUGAAUGGUUCAGCACUUAAUGGUUCAGACUGUUUGUUUCAGCCUCUUAAUGGUUCAGAUGUCUGAAUGGUUAAGAGAUUUGCUUCUGAAUGGUUAAGUAUUAUACAGAGUCUGAAUGGUUAAAACCUAUUAUCUGAAUUGAUUAGACAUUUGCCUCUGAAUAGUUAAGCAAUAUACUAGCUCUUAAUGG